AUGAAUUCCACCCUCAUCAUUCUCUGGGUGUUUACCUGGGCGGCAAUCGGCCUGAUGGUCCUUCGGCUUCUCGUGCGAAAGUGGAAAGGAUUACAGUUUCUCCUAGGCGAUUAUUUCUCACUGGGGGCGAUUCUCUGUGCUCUUGUACGCCUCGCCUUGGUCCACGUUAUUCUCAUCUGGGGGACCAACAAUAUGACGACCACAUUCAGACACACACACCAUUUCACCACCGAGGAGAUCCGUCGCAGAGAAAUCGCAAGCAAGUUUGUGCUCACCAAUCGAGUAUUCUAUAAUUCCUAUCUCUGGUUGCAAAAACUCGUUCUGCUUGAUACCUAUCGCAGACUGCACACACACCUUCGCUGGGAGAAGGCCACGAUGAUCGCAUACAUUGGGAUAUUUGCAGCGACGUAUGUAACUGUACAGAUCGUGACUUUCACGGAGUGCGAUCCCUUCAACCAUUACUGGAUCGUGUUUCCGGACCCUGGCACAUGCUGUCAGGCACAGCUCCAAUUGAUCGUUCUCGGUGUCCUCAAUGUCAUCACCGACGUGAUGCUUAUCGCCAUGCCAAUUCCGAUUCUCGUUCUGGUGAAACGAUCCACUUCUGAGAAAUUCCAGCUAGCGGCCCUCUUCACUGUCGGCCUUUUUAUCGUCGCCAUCACCAUUGCGAGGCUCCCUCAAAACGCCAAAAAUGCCACUGCGCAAGUGAACAGAACGACAUGGGCGUCUGUUGAGUUACUUGCUGCCGCUGUUGUGGCCAAUGCUCCGGUCUUGUACGGGCUCCUCAAGGGACAGAGGCAAAAGUCCAAGUAUAUCGCAUCCGGAGCCGGAUCAGCCGGGCCGUCAUGGCCGGGACUUCAACAGAGAUUGGCAAACGAGUCCGAAAUCGAACUGCAAGGGACUCAUCACAGUAAUGGACGGUCUUUUCCGAGCUCAAAGAUUUCAGCCAAAAACUAUUUGGAGAUUGACGGCGAGAGUUGCCGAUCUGCGGCUCAAACUCCGGAGAGGUAG